GUUUGGACUAGUAUAAACGUUUAUAGUUUGCUUAAAUUGAAAACUUUGUACUUUAGUUUAAUACACCUAAGCUCAUUUAAAGUUGGAAUAACCCGGCACCUGUGGAUAAUUUCCUUAUAUGGAAUGCCAUUUGUGAAGAGAACAUCACCACAUUCACGCUGCCAUACACUACGUUGUGCCUAUCUUUCUCCAGAGCGACAAAACUAUCAGUUACUGAAAGCCUACAGUAGUGGCGUUAAAAGUCAAUCGAAAAUUGGAAAGUGAUGCAUCUGUUUAUAUCAUGGAAUUCAUUUUGACACCCUGCUUGAAAGCUUUAAUGACAGUCGCAGAAGAAGAAAUCACUUUACUGAGGUGUUUCUUUCGCAAAUGAUUAAAGUUAUUUGAAAUUAUUAAGGAAAUUCUCCCGUCUAAUUUCGUCGUUACUACAAAUCGAGCGAUACGGACUCCCUAAAGUGUCAUGAAACAUCGAUCUUCCUAGGUUUGUUCAGUAUUACAUUUUGCUACAGAUUCCCAGCCUCUAACCAAAGGAUAUCCCAAGCAGUUAAGAAUGUACCAUGAAUGCGUUAAUUAUUAAACGAAUAUCUGGCUUUGGUGUUAAUAACGCUACAGUUUUCAUUAUGGCAGUGCGGUGCAGCAAAGUAAAAAGACAGUUUAUAUUACUGAUCGGACUCUUUCUGGUAUUGACAUUCAUUCUUCAAAUGGUGCCUUCGUAUUUUGAAGUACAGACAAACAUGCUCACAGCUUUGCAGUUUGCAAAGUUUGAAAGCCGUUUAUUAAACAAUAAGUCAUUUACCGUUGCCAACCGUCUGAACGAUCCUGUUGCGCUCUGGAAAGUGCAUCCGUCCGACGACAGGAUUUUAUUGCAAGCUAAGUUUAAUCCUAAGAUUGACCUAAGUCUUUCGCCAAAGAGGAUUCUCCUUGAGCAGGGACUUGCGGGCUGGAACGUCAAUGACGGAAAACAAGCGUUUGUUGAUCAUGACUGCCCUGUAAAGCACUGUGAACUUCAUGGACAUCCGAAUGGGGAAGAGUUUGACGCUAGAAUAUUUAAGGAAAUAGAGUUAAACAGCCAUUUUCUCGGAGGCGCGCAAGCAGAGGUGCGCCGUCAUUCGGAUCAGGUUUGGAUCAUGUUCGCGUUGGAAAGUCCGGAAGCGUCGCCUUCUUACGUUGGUCUGAACGACGUCAUAAACUGGACAGCUACGUAUCGUUACGAUUCUACGAUGAUGACUCCGUAUGAUAAAUUUCAAAUUUAUGAUAAUUUUACACAGAUAUCUGACUAUAAGUCGGAUAAAAAUUACGCUCAAGGCAAGACUAAAUUAGCAGCAAUAUUUGUGUCCAACUGUUAUGCGUCAAACGCAAGAUUGGAAUAUGUUAAGGAGCUACAACAGUACAUGGAUUUGGACUUUUAUGGGUCAUGCGGGAACUUGAGAUGUGAUAAGGGGGAAGGCAAUAACUGCUUUCAAAAUCUACAGAAGGAAUAUAAGUUUUAUUUGUCUUUUGAAAACGCCAAUUGUCGUGAUUACAUUACCGAGAAGUUCUUUCUAAAUGCAUUAAGACAUGACGUCGUUCCGGUCGUGAUGGGUGCGCAUCCAGACGACUACAGACGCGCGGCCCCACCAGGGUCCUUCAUCCACGUUGAGGAUUUCCCGAAUGCACAGGCUCUUGCCGGUCAUCUCAAGCGCCUAAAUGAGCAAGACGAUGAAUAUAAUGACUAUUUCCGCUGGAAACGUACCGGACAGUUUGUUGAUACAAAGUUUUGGUGUAGAAUUUGCUCAUUACUAUGGGAUACCGAUCUCCCCCACCAAUCAAUCCACGACUUAGAACAAUGGUGGCGGGGCGAAAAUAUAUGUAUCGGCAAACGACGCUGGGAUGAGAUAUCAAACAGCAGUAAAUUACAUGUGCGAUAAUGAUUACAAGAGGGCUUGCAAAAUACUACGCGUACUUGUAGCCACGUACGCAUGUAUCAUAUGUAGUUGUUAUAAAAAAAACUCGUUGAUAUAAUUCUCCUUAAAACGGAUGGGAUAAUAGUCUCAUUUAUUUUCGCACAAUUCACUUUUCUGCUUGUGUUUCGCAGCAUUUUAUGGAUUUAUUUCUUAAUGUGACAUCUCCAAGUGCCAUGUACCAUAUUCUUUAAACAAAAGCUCUUUUGUAAUUUAGGGUGAAAUAUUUUA